AUUAACUUUCUAACAUUCUGAAUCCCUAAAUCUACUCAAACAAAGUUCACAAUUCAGAGCCCUAAGUAAAUCUAAUCACAGUCCACACCACCGGAUUCCGCCGCGCCUCGAUCCCCCAACCACGGCUCGCUCGGCGCCACCACCUCCUUCGUCGUUGGUCCGUCGCUAGCAGCCCAGCUCAAACAUGUCGGAGGCCCUCCUCUUAUCGGUGAAACAGAAGCUGGAUAAUCAUCAAAAGCAGAAUCCCCUCAUAAAUGAGGAUAUGAAGAAGGUAAUUAAAGAGAUGAGCGAGAUUGUGGAUAUUGUGAGGGAUAAGAAAUUGGAAGAGGGAAGAAGCCUCAAUUUUUUAGUAUCUGACCUUGACGACAUGGCUGAAGAUGCACUCCACAUUUUCAAGCAAUACGGAUACAGAACGUAUAGUUGGACAUAUGAUUCCAUCCGUAGUUGGAUGGGAGAGAUCAAAAAACAGAUGCUUAAACUGGGAGAUGAUGAGUCCAACAUCAGAUCAUCAGAAACUGUUGAAGAUGACAAAUAUGUGGUGGGCUUGGAAGAAGAUGUGGAAUUUCUGAUUCCCAAAAGGAUUAUUGGUGGGGAAGAAUGCCUGUCGUCUCUUCUUAUCAAAGGGAUGGCUGGUAUUGGAAAGACAACUCUUGCGAGAGAAAUAUACAAUCAUCCAACCGUCAUUCAACACUUCGAGCGCCGUGCUUGGGUAUCUAAUUCUACUCACUUCACUACUCUUAAAGAGCUACUUAUCAAACUAAUACAACAGGUAGAAGAUCCUGAGAGUCUCCAUACAUAUUCCUCAUUGGAGAAUAUGGACAACCGAAGCCUCCGAGAUAUGCUCCGCAAACACCUGCUAGGAAAGCGAUAUCUGAUAGUUCUCGACGACAUGCCCAAACAAAUGCGCCUGAAGUCUUUCUGGGAUGCUCUUCCAGAUCAUUACAAUGGAAGUAGAUUGCUGCUCACAAGUCACAUAACUCAUAGGGACAUAACAAUAUCUCCUGAAAAUGUUUAUAAGAUGGAACCUUUGGAUUCUAAGAAGAGCUGGCAAUUGUUUCUGAAAACAAUAAACCAUGGCAAUAAAUUAAUGGGUGAGCACAAAUUCCCAAAGUCCUUGGAGUAUAUGGGAAAACAAAUGUUGAGAAAAUGUGGUGGUCUGCCAUUAGCUAUAAAAGAGGUAGGAAAGCAAUUAGUGGAAAAGAAAGUCUCUGGAGGGAGCGAAUGGGAACAACUUCUUGACUCAGUUGAUUUUGGUUCAACAUUGAAGUUGUUGGAACCAUUUUAUCAUAAAAUUGAACCCAGACUGAGGUCAUGUUUCUUUUCUAUGGCCUUCUUUAAGGAAAAUACAACUUUGAGGGCAGAAAAGUUGAAACAGAUUUGGCUUGUAUUAGGAGCAGUACCACAAUUUGAAUGUGAAUCAUAUUUAGAUGGUUUAGUCAACGAAUCUGUUAUUGAUGUCAAGGACAAGAGCACGGAGUAUUGCAUGAAUGUUGUGCUACACAUGCUAUCCAUCCAAAAGGCAGAGGAGGAAUUCAGUUUUGAGAUCCUAAGGAACAAUGGAAAUAAUCAGCUCUGUGAGAGUCCUCGUCAUCAUCGUGUUAUCAUUUGUAGCAGAGACAAGUUCAACUACUCCACAGAUCAAGAUAAACAUCUUGUUUCUCUCUUCUUCCAUGGAGGUGGCUACAUGGACGCUAGUCCAUCUUAUUGGAAGAGCUUUGAACAACUUAAGAUACUUGACCUGGAAGAUUUUGGGUUGAAGUUUUUACCAGAUUCUAUCGGCACAUUGAUGGAAUUAAGAUACUUGGGGUUGAGAAAUAAUUACAUAAAAGAGCUUCCAGAGUCGUUGAGGUGCUUGGAAAAGCUUGAGGUUCUUGACAUAGCUCAAAACUUUAUGGUGGAGGUGCCAGAUGUUAUAUGGGAAUUGCCUAGCCUUCUCCACCUUUACAUGUCUAAUCUGAUUUGCUGGAAGCCUUUGAUGAUUGACACACUGGAGAAUUUGGAGACCUUAACCUACGUCUCGGUUGAUAAUUGGACAUGUGAGCUAUCGGCCUUAGAACUUGGAUGUCUUAAGAAAUUGGGGAUAGAAGAACUGGAUGGAAACUCAGAUGUGAGCAAGAUGAUGGAAUUAUUUGCUGAGUUAGACUCUCUUGAACACCUAAUCUUAAGAGGGCAUCGUUUCAGAAGCAUGCCUAGUUUGGAUGAGAUUGGUGUUCUAGACAGACUCUAUACACUCAAAUUGGAUGGACUCCUAGCCAGGUUACCAAAUAAUCUUCCUCCAAAUAUAGACUCAUUGACGUUGGUUAAUAGCUGUCUUGAUGAAGACCCAAUGCCACUACUAGCAGAGAAGUUAGGCUUGCUAAAAUACCUCAAAUUGCGGAAUGCAUACACUGGUCAACACAUGGUGAUCUUGCCCAACGCCUUCACUCGUCUCGAAAAGCUGUGCAUCGAAGAGCUGUGGAAUCUGAGAAAUGUACAACUUGGAGAACGUGCAAUGGAUUGUCUCAAGACGUUAGAAAUCCAUGAUUGUCCAUGUCUGGAUACCCUCCCGAAAGAGAUUGCGACGAAGUGUUUAUUCAAGGAGUUAAAGAUGGUGACAACCAAAAGCAUUGCAGCAAAGAUGAGGAAUUCAGACUUAAUCUCCAAAAUAGAUAAGGUGAAUAUCAAUCCUAUGAGCUAGAGCAGUUGGUAUUAAUUUGGAUAAUUGAUUUUUCUUCUCCUUUGGUGUUUGUGUGUUUGUAAAUGACAUUUAGUUGCUUUGACAAUUGUGGUGUCUUCAUAACUUGUUGCUACUCUGUUCCUUCUUCAAAUAGACCACCAUUUCAAUUA